AUGACUUCAGUGACCCAGAUAGAAGUUAUGAUUUUCCGAUAUACAGUUCGCUUUUUCAGGUUUUGUGGCCGCAUCUGCCGUAAAUCCGAUAUGGCUUUGGUGAAAACGAGGUUACAACUGUACCAAGGGAAGAGCACCAUACUGAACAUGAUUCGCCGAGUUUAUAAACGCGAGGGUAUCAAGGGAUUUUAUAAGGGUGUUACUGCCUCAUAUGCAGGUGUAUCGGAAACAAUGAUACAGUUUGUUAUUUACGAACAUUUACGUGGCCUUCUUCUUCGUCACCAUCUCGCAGAAGGCGAUAAGGAGAAAAUGGACUUUUUGAAUUUCAUGGUGGCUGGAGGUUGUGCAAAGUUUAUUGCAUGUGUUAUUGCA